AUGAGGGUGGUGCCAAAUCUACCCGAUGAGUUGUUAGACGAGAUACUCGGUCGCAUCCCGGCCACAUCUCUGAAACGGUUACGAUCUACUUGCACACGAUGGGACGGUUUGUUCAACGACAAGAAAUUCACAAGGAGACACUUUGAUAAAGCUGCAAAACAGUUUCAGGUUAUCAUCAUGUCGAAGACGACACCACUUAGGAUUUGUUCGAUGAGCGUCAAACUCAAUGGAAAUCCAUCUUUGAGUAAGUGUGGCGCAAUCGACCCUCGUUCUUGUUUAGACCAGUUUGAGAUUUCUAAAGUCUUUCACUGCGAUGGCUUGCUGUUAUGCACCAGUAAAGUCAACACUAGUAUCGUGGUUUGGAACCCUUGUACUGGUCAAACAAAGUCGAUCGAACCCUCUAGUGAUCGUGACAGUAUAGGCGAGAUCGCUUACACUCUUGGAUCGUACCAAGACGACAACAGCUCCGGUAAUAAUAGCUACAAGAUAUUGAGCUACAAUAUUCUUGGUGAAACUGAUUUCGAAAUCUGUGAGAUCAACUCUAGAUCUUGGAAAUCUAAAAAAAAAAAGUCUAGUUCUUGGAGGACUCUUGACGUCACUCCUGACGGCAGCUUAAUGUAUUGUGGCGUGUCUUUGAAGGGAAAGACUUAUUGGUUGGGUUGGGAUGAGAAAGAGAAUCAGUUCCACAUGUUCUUAGUAAGUUUUGAUUACACAAGAGAGAGUUUUGGACGUACGUGUCUUCCCUAUGAGCAUACUGGUUAUGAGACUACGUAUCUAUCAGUUUUCAGAGAAGAGAAACUCUCGGUGCUACUACAACGCAAAGAUUUAUCGGAGAAAGAGAUAUGGGUAAGGAAUGAGAGUGAUGUGUGGAGCAAGAUCGUAACAGUAUGCCCUGAACUUGAUAGGUGGGGGUGGCUUACCGUUUGUUUUCUGGUGGACUACGAGACGAAAGUCUUCGUGUUUUCUAAGAAACAUAAAUUUACAAUCACAGUCUGCGAGACCAAUACUGAGGAGGAUAUUGAAGUCACACGAGCGGCGGAUUCGAAGAUAGAUCCAUUUGGGUCAUUUGGACACGAUCUUUUUAAUUAUGUUCGGGAUAUUAAAGCCUCACAACCGGAUUCGAAGGUAGCUACACUGGGAUCAUUUGGACCAUAUAUUAUUAGUUAUGUUCCAAGCUUGGUUCAGAUCCAGUGA